UUUCGAGAGCGCAACCGACCAGACCGACACGACAACAGUACUUACGGAGAGUGUUUUGUUCACAGGAGGAAGAGGGCUUCCGUCAAUUGCACUUUUUUGGUUUGGUGCUGUUCCGUGUGCUUUCACCAUGGCGGCAAGAUUGCCAGCAGCAGUCGUGGACUGCGGUACUGGGUACACGAAGAUGGGCUAUGCCGGAAACACGGAACCGCAAUUUAUUUUCCCCAGUGGCAUCGCCAUCAAGGAGAAGGCUGGCGUGGGCGAUAAGUCACAGCAACGUGUCACCAAGGGCAUUGACGACCUGGACUUUUACAUCGGUGACGAAGGAGAGUCCGCCACUGGAUACGCCAUCAAAUACCCUAUUCGUCAUGGUGUUGUGGAGGACUGGGAUUUGAUGGAACGGUUUUACGAGCAGUGCAUCUUCAAAUAUCUGAGAGCUGAGCCUGAGGAUCACUACUUUCUUUUGACUGAGCCUCCACUGAACUCCCCAGAAAACAGGGAGUACACAGCCGAGAUCAUGUUCGAAUCUUUCAACGUUCCCGGACUGUACAUUGCCGUCCAGGCCGUGCUGGCUUUGGCUGCAUCGUGGACAUCUCGUCAAGUAGGAGAGCGUACCCUGACAGGAACAGUCAUUGACUCUGGUGAUGGUGUUACUCACGUUAUUCCUGUAGCUGAGGGCUACGUCAUUGGUAGCUCCAUCAAGCACAUCCCAAUUGCUGGUAGAGAUAUCACAUACUUUGUGCAGCAAAUCCUCAGAGACCGAGAGACUGGCAUUCCACCUGAGCAAUCUCUUGAGACUGCCAAGGCUAUCAAGGAACGUUUCGGUUACAUUUGUCCUGACGUUGCCAAGGAAUUCAACAAGUACGACGCUGACCCUUCAAAAUGGUUCAAGAAGUAUGGCAGCAAACACCCAGUCACCAAGAAGGACUGGGAGAUUGAUGUCGGUUAUGAGCGCUUCUUGGGACCUGAAGUGUUCUUCCACCCAGAGUUCUGCAACCCUGACUUCACCACACCGAUUUCAGAAACCGUGGAUGUAGUCAUCCAGAGCACCCCCAUUGAUGUACGUCGUCCUCUCUACAAGAACAUUGUUCUGAGCGGUGGCUCAACCAUGUUCAAGGACUUUGGUCGUCGUCUGGGACGUGACGUCAAGCGUGUCGUAGAUGCCAGAAUCAAGCUUUCUGCGGAGCUGAGCUCCGGCCGCAUCAAGCCCAAGCCCAUCGAUGUCAACGUCAUCACUCACCACAUGCAGCGCUAUGCUGUCUGGUUCGGUGGCUCCAUGCUGGCCAGUACACCAGAGUUCUACCAGGUGUGCCACACCAAGGCACAGUACGACGAGCAGGGCCCCAGCAUUGCACGCCACAACCCUGUCUUUGGCACAAUGAGCUAAGCUGCAUGCCUCCUCCACGCAAUGACUCUGGCAGCUGUCAUAGCCACUUGAUGAACCCUACAUCACUAUUCAUCUGGUUUCAAUGCGGCUUGGUUUUCAUACUCCUAUCUGCAAACAACCGUGUUCUAUUGUUUGUUGACUUCGUAGUAGGAUAUAUUAUGUACAUGUACAUGAUUAGAAUUCAAUGAUUCAUAUUUUUAAAAUAUUUUUAUGAGUCUCUUGUAUCAUUUUGACUAUUUUUUCCUUUAAUCCACACCCUUUACUUUCUUUUACUUAGUUCUCAUUCCGAGACUGACUGUAACAUUGUAGAAUUCAGUGA